GAGAGUUUUGUGUUGGUGUACUAAAAAACACUACACAGAAAACAGCAAAUCAACGAUUAGCAACCAGUUAACAGUUAUUUCAUAAAUCGUUUUUUUUUUUUAAUUAUUACAAACUUAUUAUUAUAAUACGAAAAUAUAAGUAGUAUUUAUUUAUUAAUUUAAAAAUCAACGUCAACGGAAAUUUUUGACAACUCACGAUGGCUCCGGUCGAACCCAACGGACAGUACGAUUUUGACCUUUUGGUCUUGGGUGGAGGCUCAGGGGGUUUAGCCUGUGCUAAAGAAGCAACAAAUUUUGGUAAGAAAGUAGUAGUUCUAGACUUUGUCCUUCCGACACAAAGAGGUACAACCUGGGGAAUUGGUGGUACUUGUGUCAAUGUAGGUUGCAUUCCAAAAAAACUCAUGCAUCAAGCUGCUCUUCUUGGAGAAUGUAUUCAUGAUGCUCAAAGCUAUGGUUGGGAAAUACAAGGACCUAUAUCUUUUAAAUGGGAUUCAUUAGUCGAAGCUGUGCAAAAUCAUAUUAAAUCUGUCAACUGGGUCACUCGUGUGCAAUUGAGAGACAAAAAAAUUGAAUAUGUUAAUGGUCAUGGAGUAUUUGAAGAUAAUCAUACAGUUAUUGCUAAAAUGAAAAAUGGAAAAGAACGGCGAUUAACAGCAAAGGAUAUUGUUAUAGCAGUUGGAGGACGUCCACGAUACCCUGAUUUUCCUGGUUGUAAAGAAUUUUGUAUUACAAGUGAUGAUAUUUUCUCAUUAACUAAUCCGCCUGGUGAUACCUUAGUGAUUGGUGCUGGAUAUAUUGGUUUAGAAUGUGCUGGAUUUUUGAAAGGUUUAGGUUAUCAUUCUACUGUAAUGGUACGCUCUAUGGUUUUAAGAGGAUUUGAUAGGGAUAUGGUUAAUUUAAUUCAAGCUGAAAUGGAGGAUAAAGGUGUAAAAUUCCUUAUAGGAAAAGUACCUACAAAAGUAACCAAACAGUCCAAUGGUAAAUUACUAGUAGAAUGGAAAGGAGAUGAAAAUGGCCAGGCUGAAUUUGACACAGUUCUUGUAGCUACUGGACGUAGACCAUUAUCUGAGGAAUUAAACCCAACUCUUGCUGGACUUCAGGUUCAUCCCGAAUCCGGAAAAUUUGUAGUAAAUUAUGAACAAACAAAUGUUCCAAAUAUAUAUGCUGUUGGUGAUGUAAUUCAUGGAAAACCUGAAUUAACUCCUGUUGCCAUUCAAGCCGGAAAAUUACUAGCUGCUAGACUUUAUAACGGAAGUAAAGAACAAAUGGAUUAUGAUAAUAUUGCGACAACAGUAUUUUCACCUCUUGAAUAUGGUUGUGUUGGACUUACUGAAGAUGAAGCUAUUGCAAGAUUUACUGAAUCUAAAAUUGAGGUCUAUCAUGCCUAUUAUAAACCUACAGAAUUUUUCAUUCCUCAAAAAAAUGUUAAACAUUGUUAUUUAAAAGUCAUUGCACUACUUGAGGCACCACAAAAAGUAUUAGGUAUGCAUUUUAUAGGACCCCAAGCAGGUGAAGUUAUUCAAGGCUAUGCUGCAGCUAUAAAAGCUGGAUUAACUUUUGAACACUUAAAAGAUACAGUUGGUAUACAUCCUACAAUAUCAGAAGAAUUUACAAGAGUCGCUAUUACAAAACGAUCAGGUGAAGACCCAACUCCACAAAGUUGUUGUAGUUGAAUUUUUUAUUUAAUACUUGCAAAUAAUUAUAUUAUGCCAAUCUUAUUCCUGUGGUAACGGUAACACAUACAUUAAUAUUAUACAUAAAUAGUAUACAAAUAUUAUGUAUAAAUAGUAUACAACAAUAAUUUAUAAUCAUAUAUUUUUGCAUAAUUAUUAUACUCAUAUUUUUAAAAUGUAUCACUAAAUAUUUUGUUUUGUACUAGAUAGUUAUUUCUCUAGAUAUUGAUAUCGAUGGUGGAAAGGCUUGUCAUAAACAACAUAAAUUUGCAUUAGUACAUUAAGUGCUAGUGUUCUUAUAGUUU